AUGAAAUCUCUUAUCUGCUGGAGUAGUCUAGCAUUUCUAGCAACUACGAGCAUUUCUCUCGCUCUAAAACCCUACCAGAUUCGCGGCGUCGAGGAUCCCAUCUACCACCUAUACCUACAGGCCUUGCCAUCCUCGCCUAGCACGCCCGUCAUGGGUCCCGAAGCGUCGUCGGAGUAUUUCAAUAUUAGCGAUACGAUACAGAGUACGAAUACUAGCAUGUUUUUGAAUGUUGGGAAUGGUGGAGGGGUUAGUUAUUUGCCGUUGAGUUUCAAUGCGACGGGUGGGGUGGGUCCGUGGGGAUUGGAGGGGGAUACUAUUAUUACAACGGUGGGGAGUAGUUAUGGGAGACAGGGAGAGAUGGGGUGCGGUGUUGGUGUUGGUGUUGGUAUGCUGAGGGGAUGGAGGAGAAUAUACGCUGACGAAACUGGGAAACAGAGUUGA